UGUAUCCUCACCUCAUUUCCUCUUCUUCUAUUCGAGCCAUCCUUUUUGUUCCUCCAACUGGUGUUGCUGUUAAGACAUAGCUAUAUCUCACUUCUGCCUAUAUAUACUACGCUGCUCCCCGUUGUUUUGUCUUGCAAGACUCUCCAGCACAAGAUUAAUCACACACUUCUCAUUACGAAAAUAUACUUCACUAUCACCAUCGUACAUCUUAUGAUUAACCAUGGCGCCCCAUCUUGAUGCACCAUCUCCUAAUGGAAGCUUUACGGUCAGCUUUGAGGGAAUCUCCUCUCGACUCACCACUUCUUCAGGCGCAGCGAUAGGCUCUAUAGCACAUCCCGAGUCGCAUUCUUCUGUCGGUAGCUUCUUAGAGAGCGACUCAGUAGAAGAAGAUUUCCAUAUGACACGGCCACUGGUACCAGGCGUCUACGUACCAACCCUAUGUUUCUUCGACCCUGAGACCGAGGACGUUGAUAUCAAUACCAUUGCUCGCCAUGCGGUACGACUUGCCAAGGCUGGUGUCACUGGUCUUGCAACUCAAGGCUCUAAUGGCGAAGCUGUUCACCUCACACACGCCGAACGUCAGCUGGUCACUCUCGCCACACGGAAGGCGUUAAACGAAGCCGGAUUCUCUCACAUCCCAGUUAUAGUCGGUUGCGGCGCUCAAAGUACUCGUGAGACUAUUCAGUACUGUCGAGAGGCAUGGGAAGCAGGGGGCGACUAUGCCCUUGUGUUACCCCCGUCGUACUACGCGCCCUUGUUUGCUCCAUCAUAUGAGACUAUCGAGCAGUACUUUACAACCAUUGCCGAUGCGUCCCCGAUACCCCUCAUCAUAUACAAUUUCCCAGGUGCUGUCAAUGGCCUAGACCUAUCAUCGGAUGUGAUCAUCAAACUGGCACAGCAUCCUAAAAUUGUCGGUGUCAAGCUUACUUGCGGCAAUACUGGUAAACUGAACCGUGUAGUAGCUGCUACACGUUCACAAUCGAAGGAGUACAACCCGGACAAACCCGAUUUCCUAGUCCUAGCGGGCUCAGCCGACUUCUCGAUCCAGUCCUUAAUUGCAGGAGGACACGGCAUAUUAGCAGGUCUCGCAAACAUUGCGCCAAAGGCUUGUAUCAGGACUAUCGAACUGUAUAGAGCAGGAAGACACUCCGAGGCACAGAAAAUGCAAGAGAUCGUAUCACGGGGCGAUUGGACGGCUAUUCAGGGCGGGGUUCUAAGUGUAAAGGCGGGACUUCAGACAUGGUUGGGUUACGGUGGCUUUGCCCGAAGUCCACUCCCAAAGCCAACUCCCCAACAGACCAAAUCAUGGAAAGAAGGAUUCAAAGAACUAAUUCUGCUAGAGAAGUCUAUGAUAAGUUGCUAACAUUAAGAUGACAUAGUAGUGUACGGAUACAGCACAACUACUGGACUUAUAUUUUGCUCAUGAUUAAAAAGGCACUGUAUCUGAGCAAAAGCGUCCGAGGAAUGCUUUACAUUCCAAGGUAUAAGUGAAAGUUUUCGCUUAACUCAA